AUGACCAUGAUAAUUUUCCUCUUGGUUUUAUCUCUUAUGGUUUCAAAAAAUGACAUGAGAAACUGCAUUAUUGGUGAUCCCCGUCCUAUUUCUCACAACUAUUUCCAAUCUGGUGAUCCCAUCAUUGGUGGCAUCACUUCUCUUAUGUUCAUUCCUAUAGAACUUGAAAACUUCAUGGAAGAUCCCUAUCUUUCAUUUUUUGAUGAAGUCAUAGUCCAGACUAAAUUUUAUCAGCAUAUUUUGGCUUUGGUAUUUGCUGUGAAAGAGAUCAAUGAAAACCCUCAGAUAUUGCCUAAUGUUACCUUGGGCAUCAAUAUUUUUGACAGCUAUGGUAGAAAAUGGAUUUAUCAUGCCACAAUGGAACUAUUUUCACCUUUGAAGAGAAUGAUCCCCAAUUAUAAGUGUGGCAUCCAGAACAACUUGGUCUCAGUCAUUGGUGCUAUUUAUCCUGAAAUCUCCAUUGACAUGGCAGAUAUCUUGAGGAUCUACAAACUUCCACAAUUUAUAUAUGGAUCCCACCCAGAGGUACCAGAUCAAAGCAAAUCUUUUUCCUUCUAUCAUAUGGUCCCACAUGAAAGUAUGGUAUAUGAAGGACUUCUUCAGCUGCUUGUGCAUUUUAAAUGGAUCUGGGUUGGGAUCUUUGUGAGGGAUGAUGACGAUGAAAGAUUUGUAAGGAUGAUCCUUUCAUCAUUUCCUCUUCAUGGUAUUUGCAUUGCCUUUCUAAAAAUAAUUAAACAAUUACACAUGAAAAACAUAUUCAUGGACCUGGAGUGGCUAGUGGAUACAUUUUAUCUCACUAUGAAAAGUAAAGCCAAUGCAGUAAUAGUUUAUGAAAUAACCCUUCUGCAUCUGAGAUUGUUGCUAAAUCUUCCUAAAAUUGAAUCGCUGUCUAUGGAACCGAAAGUUUACUCCAAUGAAAUUCCAGGAUUUCAGCAAUUUGUUCAGGGAAGAGACCCUUUCUUAUCAAAAGAAGAUGGCUUUAUCAAAGAUGUGUGGGUACAUGCAUUUUACUGUUCCUUUCCCAGUCCCUCGAUGAAUGAGAAAGAUAGUAACAUUUGUACUCUGAAGGAGAAAUUGGAGGACCUUCCUGGGGCUCUUUUUGAAAUGAGCAUGACUGGUCAUAGUUACAAUAUAUAUAAUGCAGUUUAUAUUGUAGCUCAAGCUUUACAUGACAUGCAGAUUGAACAAAAAUCCAAUGGAAUGCUGAAUGGAAGGAAACAGAAUAUUCAAAAGCAACAGCCAUGGCAGCUCCACCAAUUCCUGAAGAGAGUCUCAUUUAAUAACAGUGCUGGGGAUAGGAUUCUGUUCAAUCAGAGGAGGGAAUUGAUAGUUGGAUUUGAUAUUAUAAACUGGGUCACAUUCCCAAAUCAAUCCUUCAAUCGAGUAAAAGUGGGGAAGCUGGAUCCCUGGGUUGAAGAGGAAAAAUUCACCAUUCGUGAUGAAGCUAUUACUUGGCACAGCAGUUUCAAUCAAACCCUACCUGUUUCGGUAUGUACUGAGAGCUGCCUUCCAGGUUAUUUCAAACAAAAGCAAGAGUGGAAGCCAUUUUGCUGCUAUGAUUGUUUUCCAUGUCCUGAAGAGAAAAUUUCAAGUCAGAAGGACAUGCAAGAUUGUUCUGAAUGCUCAGAAGACCAAUAUCCAAGCAAGGACAAAGAUUCAUGUCUUCCCAAGAAAAUAUCUUUCUUAUCCUAUGAAGAACCAAUGGGAAUAUGUCUAACCUUUCUGGCACUCCUUUUUUCUUUCUGCACAAUGGUGGUGCUGGCAACAUUUUUGAAGUAUCACCAUACUCCCAUUGUUAAGGCCAAUAACCGAAAUCUCACCUAUGUUCUACUCAUCUCCCUCCUCCUCUGCUUCCUUUCCUCACUGCAGUUCCUUGUUGUACCUGGCAAUAUAAUAUGUCUCUUCCGACAAAUUAGUUUUGGAAUCAUCUUCUCAAUUGCUGUGUCUUCUGUGCUGGCAAAAACCAUCACUGUGGUUCUGGCUUUCAUGGCCACCAAGCCUGGAUCCAGGAUGAGGAAAUGGAUGGGAAGGGGCUUGGCCACCUCCAUUGUUAUUUCUUGUUCCCUGAUUCAAACAGGCAUCUGUACAUUGUGGCUGAUCACAUUUCCCCCUUUCCCUGAUGUUGACACCCAUUCAGAAAUUGAGGCAAUCAUACUGCAGUGCAAUGAAGGUUCAGCUAUCAUGUUCUACUGUGUCCUGGGUUACAUGGGCUUUCUGGCAUCUGCCAGUUUCACAGUAGCUUUUUUCUGUAGGAAGCUCCCCAGCAGUUUCAAUGAGGCCAAAUGUCUCACAUUCAGCAUGCUGAUCUUCUGCAGUGUGUGGCUCUCCUUUGUUCCAUCCUACCUGAGCACCAAAGGCAAAUAUUUGGUGGCUGUGGAGGUUUUCUCCAUUUUGGCCUCUAGUGCUGGGUUGCUGGGCUGCAUAUAUUUCCCAAAAUGUUAUAUAAUCAUUGUUAGGCCAGAGCUAAACAAUAGAGAGCAGCUUAUUAAAAGAAAAAAUAGUACUAAGCACAUAAAAUAA